AUGAAAAACCUCAAAUCCCCGACUGUAUUGUCGGAGUACCAGUUGCCGCCGGGAGAACCUCGGCUCCCGUUUGUCCCUGUUCCCCGCCUGAAUUUCGCAUUCGCAGCUUCCAAGUUUGAAUCUUUUGCAUGCGCCACGCUCGUUCUCAUCUCGUUAGAGCUAAAUUAUGCAAGGAGCAGCGGAGAUAGCUUUCGCUCGUCUGGAAGCUCAUUGAUGCGAAGCAGGCAAGAAUUUUGA